AUGGCAACGCUCGCAAAUAAGAAGACUGAUGAAUUUUCCUUUGAUAUUCAGCUCGACACUGUCACUGAAGAUCGCGGCUAUCACAGUCGUAAUACUAAGAAUCAAGUCCAGCGGCCUGAUGUAGUCGAUGAUAUCUGCCAAGGCCUACUGGUGCAAGCUCGCAUCGACCGAAUAGUCCAUGGCACUCAGACAAAAGGCGGAAAGCCAGCGACCUUGGUCAUCUUUGGCUUUCGUUUUCAUGGCAUUGGUAAGAAGCGGCGCUUUCGAGAGGCUGCCAUUACGAUCCUGUUCCAGGACGAGAAGAAGCAGGAAGACGCCGACCCUGUUGUUGCCUUCCUCUGGCCCAACGGUGACUUUACACUCGGCGAGCAGACGGAUGUCGACACCGAAGAGAAAGCGGGCGGCGAAAUUGGCGUCAAUGCUGGGUUAACCUACGGGGGAGUCGACGUUAAACGCACUUGGGAGCAAAGGAGGAGUUACAGACAGACAGACCGUGCCAGUCUGACUGGCUCUAUCAUGCUGGACACAAACGUACGGGACUCGGGGCUGCCCAAUGCCGUACUUUUGAACCUCAGCGAGAACGAGACAGCCAGAUCGGGCCUCGUCACAGACUUUCGGGCCGCCGUGCUUUUGUUUCGUGAAAACAACUUGGACAAGUUUACAGCCAAGAUCAGUGUUGAUGCCAAGGCAAACUUCUAUUACAACCUUGUAAAAAGCAUCCGAGACGUCACGGGCCAUUCACCUGCCAACGAUCCCAUCCUUUUCCAGCCUGGUCCAGAGAAUCAGUACAUACGCCCAGUCACACUAGCACGGUAUUUGGAGGAUAAACUUGCUGAGGAGGUGGAUGAGCAGAAUUUGAACAGCAAGAGGCUUAAUCGCCUGGUAGGCGUGCUCGGCGCCACAGCAUUAGCAACAAACAUGCUAGAUUAG